ACGGUACAGUUGCUUUGGUACAAUAUAGGUACAUCAGAACUAUUCGGGCCUACAUCUACUUCAUCUACUACAUCUAUACAAUAUCUCUAGGUAUCUUUCAAGGUACCUACUGAUGCGUUGUGCCUGUCUCUCGCCGAUUAAGGUACAAUACAUACAUUGAUACAUACGUUGGAAUCGCGUUGUACACCCCCUUUGCGGUUUUCGAAUUGGGUAAUUAAUUCGGUCCCAAGUCAACGCCGUUCAUCCCAAACCAAUCGAUUGGAAAAGAAAGGAUUACCGCUAUAGGCCUGAAGCAGUUUGGCUCAAGGUUUAACGUUUAGUAAAGUGACACCAAAGUCUCGUUGUUUGGCUCGGGUGAGGGUUUCGGGGUGCAUAGCUGGCACUUCAUCGUCAUACACCCUUGCUAUUUUCGGACGCACCCCACACAAACGCGCGACACACCAUAUUCGCUUGUUGUGGUGAACAAAUCUGAGCCCCAACGAGUCCCGUCCCAGAUCUGCCCUCGCCCACGUCACGCCCGCGCCGCCCAGCCCUGCCAGCUGUGCCAGCCGUGGUGCUAGCCUAUCGUGAGCCAUGUACGCAAGCAACUAUGGCCUUCCCAAUGCCAUUCCUCCUGCGGGAUCACAAUACAAUGGCGGCGCCCCACACUCAGCUUCUCACAACCAUCAUUUGCAGCCCGGUCAAGGUCCUCCCAACCAGGUCUCGAUGUACAAUCAGCAGUUUCCCAUGGGUACGCAGGCCGGCGUUGCUUUCCCCGGUGCUCCUAACAUGAUGUCAGGUCCUGGCCCUGCAGGAAUGAUGCAAAAUACCGGUAUGCCGCACAUGGCCGCGGCUAGUGGUCCGAUGCCUAACUACCAACCGCCAUACACGAACUCGCCUUAUGGUGCUGGUGUCCCUAGCUCCGUCGCGCCCCAGAUGAACAUCCCUCCCAACUACGCGAUGGGGAGCGGCAUGCCUAUGUCUGGUUUCCCUAUGCAUCCUGGGAUGAAUCCUCAGCAGCAGAUGAUGCAGCGUAUGCACCCGCAUCCAGCAAAUACACCGGGAAUGUCAACUCCUACACCCCAACGAUCUUUUCAAAACCAGCCCCGUCAGAACACUCCAACUCCGAAUAACGCGCCGAAUACACAGCAACACCCGAUGUCAACUCCACAAAAUGCGCAUAGCACGCCUCAAAACCACACGCCGAGCAAUGCGCAGCAGCAACCACAGCAGCAACCGCAACAGCAACAGCAACAGCAACCACCACCUAAUAAUAUCCCAACACCGCAAACCCCAACGUUCCCGACGUCAGCUCAAAAUAACGGACCCAGUAACGCGUCAUCUGGGUCGACACCGUUAAGCCCCGGUCCAGAUUCUAGAGACAAGGAACGGGUUGGUGUGAUUUUGGAGAUCAACAACGAGUUAUUGUUAGAGGCCAUGCAGAUACAAAAUACGCAGCAGAUAUUGAAAAAGGAGAGGGCGUCCGCCAAUGGCACCGAUGGUACUGCAAGCGAACCAGAGAAGAAGCCCACCGAGGAAGAUAUGCUGGCACAAGACUACCUCCAUUGUAUGCGAAGACUGCAGACAAACUUGACGUAUUUGGCGGCAUUAGCCGACAAGAAAGGCAAUGUCACAGCUGGGCCGUGUCCCAGUUACUUAAAACCACCACCACUCAAUACUAGUAUCAAGUUAAGGAUGAUGCUGGGUCCGGAUGGAUCAGAGAAUCAAGAAGCUCCGGACCGGAGGGAGACGGCCAAAUACAUCCAAGAAUUGUAUAAAAAGCUUCAGGCUCUUUACCCAGGCAUUGACCCGAACAAGGAACCAACAAUCACGGCCUCAUCUGGACGACAGAACGCUCAACAAGCGAAUGCAAUAAAGCCUGGCUCUCGAACGCCUGGUCAACCUAGCCCAGGGGGGCAACAGACUCCAAAGAUGGCCACUUCGGCGCCGCCAUCUUCUAUCAUGAAUAUAGCAGCCGGGCCAUAGGACGAUUUAACCUGAUUAAAAGCAUUUGAUUUCAAGAAGAGUUGAGUAUAGGUCGACUUUUGAGGGCAUAUAGUAUACGGACCUUGAAAGUUUCAGACUUGAAUGGACUGGCUUCUUUUUA